CGACGACGCGCGCGCGCGACGAGACGCUCGAAAGCGCGCGCGAACGCGUCGAAAUAUAUCGCCGCCAUUCGCUCGACGCCACCGAAUCGCGCGCGAGAGACGGCGACGACGGCGAUAAGAUAAAGCGUCAACGAUGGCGACCGUCCCGAGUAAACGAAAGUUGGUCGGGUGCGCGAACUUCGUGCGAUCGAACCCGCUGAGCGACGCGUUCGAGUGUGAAAAGUUUGACCACAUCGAGUUUUGGUGCGGGGAUGCGACGAACGCGGCGGCGAGGUUCGGGGUUGGCUUAGGCAUGGGGCUGCGAUGCAAGAGCGACGCGACCACGGGGAACGGGACGUACGCGUCGUACGCGAUGAAGUCGAACGAUCUGACGUUCGUGUUCACCGCACCGUACGGAGUCGAGAGCGGAGGUAGUCGAGGGGAAGCGCCGCAUCCGGGACACGAGGGACGGGCGAUGAUGCGAUUUUUUGAGAAGCACGGGCUGGCGGCGCGCGCGGUGGGCGUGCGAGUCAAAGACGCGCGCGCGGCGUAUGAGGAGGCAGUGAAACGUGGUGCGCGUGGCGUGCUGGCGCCGACGGUUUUGACACACACAGUAGACGACGGAUGUGCGAAGGGUGGACAAGUCAUCGCGGAGAUUGAGCUAUAUGGCGAUGUCGUCUUGCGCUUCGUCAACGCGACGGAUGGAUUUGACGGAGACUUUCUGUGCAAUUAUUCGGCGACGCGCGAUGCGCCAGAUGUGUCGUAUGGGUUGCAGCGCCUCGAUCACGCCGUCGGUAACGUGCACGAUUUGAUCGAAACCGUGGAUUAUAUCACCAAAGUCACGGGCUUUCACGAGUUUGCUGAGUUCACGGCGGAGGACAUCGGAACGAUCGAUAGCGGGUUGAAUAGCAUGGUGUUGGCAAACAAUAACGAGUACGUGUUAUUGCCUGUGAACGAGCCGACGUUCGGGACGAAGCGGAAGAGUCAAAUCCAAACAUAUCUUGAGCAAAACAAUGGCCCUGGGUUGCAGCACUUGGCGUUGAAAACGGAUGACAUCUUUGCGACGGUGCGAGAAAUGCGCAAGUACUCGCACUUGCGAGGCGGAUUCGACUUUCAAGCGCCGGCAAGCGAUGACUAUUACAAGCAACUCAAGGCGAAAAUCGGCGAUGCUUUGAACGAUGAGCAGUACGCGCUUGUCGAAGAGUUGGGUUUGCUCGUCGAUAAGGACGACCAGGGCGUAUUGAUUCAGGUCUUCACGAAGCCCGUGGGCGACCGGCCGACGUUAUUUUUAGAAAUCAUCCAGCGCAUAGGCUGCAUGCGUAGAAAAGCGGACUCGGAAUCAUUUGAGCAAGCAGCCGGAUGCGGUGGGUUCGGCAAGGGUAAUUUCUCCGAACUGUUCAAAUCUAUUGAAGCGUACGAAGCGACGCUUCAAAUUUAGCCAGGCAUUGUUAUCAA